CUCGGUUUCCAAGAUCUACAAUUACAAAUCCUACGCUGAGGAAUGUAGACCGGAGCCCCUAGCACUUAACUCCGCAAUACACUAUUGACCAGCAACAUCAACAGUCACCUCUACAGUUUACACAAUUCGAACUAUUCUCACCUCGAUCUCAAGGUACUCCCAAACAACUCAACACGAGCCACCAACCCCAGCACCCGCAAGAGAAAUGACAACCUACCUGAUAACCGGCGCAACCCGCGGUAUCGGCCUCGAACUCACGCGCCAACUGGUCGCGAAACCCGCCACGGAAGUCCGCCAUAUCUUCGCCGCCGCGCGAUCAUUACCAUCAUCAUCAACAACAUCAGCAACGAACCAAUGCACCCCGCAAACGCCCUCCGACUUCCAGACCCUGGUGAAAGAGCAUCCCUCGCGCAUCACACCUGUCCCCCUCGAUGUAACCGACGAAGCUGGCGUGCGGCGAGCCGCGCAGCUCGUCGAGCAGGCACUGGAGGGCCGGGGAUUGGAUGUAUUGAUCAAUAAUGCGGGGGUGAUGGGGCGGGGGUCGUUGAUGGAGAUGAACGACCUCCCCUCCUCCUUCAACGUGAAUGUCAACGGUCCGCACCUCGUCACGCGCGAGUUCCUCCCGCUGUUGCGGAAGGGGACGGCGAAGAAGAUCGUGAAUAUCUCCACUACCCUUGGCUCCUUCGCGAUGCAAUCAGUCUACCGGGAGGCCAGGAGUCAAUCGUACAAGAUUACCAAGGCGGCACUGAACAUGCUUACCGUGCUGUACGCGCAGGAACUCGAGCAGGAGGGGUUCGCGGUGUUUUGCGUUAGUCCGGGGUGGCUACAAACCGAGAUGGGCGGUCCGCGAGCGGAUCUCCCGGUGGCCGACGGCGUGCGCGCCACGCUGGAGAUCAUCCUCAACCAGGGGAAGGAGGGGAACGGGCGGUUUUUCAAUAUCCAUGUUCCGGGCUGGAACUCGAGGUGGAAUCGGUAUGAUGGCGGGGAGUGUGCGUGGUAGCUCG